ACUUCGAUCUUAAAGCAGUUCAGUUCGGUGUUGGUAAUUAACUAUUGUCAGAGUGACAUGGCGGAUGCUUAUUGGAGGGUCAGCGACGGCCGGAUACAGCCGGCUUCUCUUCCUCCGGUCGCCGGAAAACGCCCUCGGACCGAGUAUGAUGUUUCAAGUCGUCCUGAGAUGCCUGGUUAUUAUGGCCGCAAUGGUGAACAAGGAACGCAUCAUGCCAUUAGGGAUACGGAUCCUAUUGAGGCAUCCUAUGAACAAUACUUGCGAAGUGGGCAAACUUCCUCCUAUGCUGGUGGUGAAUCCGCGAGAUCCAUGGGUAAUGGAGUAACCAGUCAUCCUAUUGAUGAUCCGCGUGUUAUGGGUAUCAUGGGAUCAGAAGCAGUUGCUGCUAAAAGCAGGACCAUUGGGAUGGGAGGUGUUAGACCACAAAUUCCUCUUCCUCCUAAUGCUAGCAAUACAUUGUUUGUUGAAGGGUUGCCAGCUAAUUGCACCCGAAGAGAGAUGUCACAUAUAUUUCGACCAUUUGUAGGUUACAGAGAAGUUAGACUUGUGAUCAAAGACUCACGACAUCCAGGAGGCCAUCCGUUGGUUCUUUGCUUUGUUGAUUUUGUGAGUCCAGCCCACGCAGCUACUGCAAUGGAUGCCUUACAAGGUUAUAAAUUCGAUGAUCAUGACCGUGAUUCGGUCAACUUAAGGCUGCAAUAUGCUCGCAAUCCUGCUGCUCGGUCAGGUGGUGGGCAUCGCACAAGACGUUAAAUUAUGCGUCUUUACAGGACCAACUUGACUUUGGAGACUACGUAUUUAGAUGUUACACCAGCUUUUGCAGUUGUGUACUACACCUCUCUCUGAAAGGGUUUCAUUAGGACUGGCCUUUUCUAUUUGCAUAGGAAGAAAUGGUAGUUGGAUAUUAAUAUUUAGCUUCCCUUUCCGCGUCAAUGUUGGUGUCGUCCUUUGCUGUGGACGGGUGGUGUUAUAAAUCAUCUCCUGAUAGAUGAAGAUGAUUGUUUUAUCUGGUGGUUAGGAUGUUACCAUACUGUUGUAAUGAUAAAUGGGAGGUGCUGCCUACUAAUUUUUAGAGUUGCUUGUUUGAUCAUGUGGUAAAUUGUUCGAAUUCAUCUUUAGAUUUGCUAAACAACUUAUUAUGACAUAGCCAUUAGCCCAUUUCAGGGUUCUAUUUGAUGAGCUAUUGAUUUCUAUUUUGUCUGA